AUGGAACCAUCCCAUGCAGAGAAUCACCACCAGUACAGGUAUGGAGGUAGCAGCAAAGACAGCAACGACGACAACGAGCAGCAUCCUUGUCAUCGUCGCAGCGGAAGUAUGCAUCGUCCAUCGUGGCACGACAUGCAUCACACCGCAAGGGGUGACAGCAGCAGCACCUCGUUCGUCAUGUCGUGCACGUGGCCAAGCGAGGACCCGCUCGAGCUCAUGUAUACACCUUCCAGUGGGGAGCUGUGGCUUCCAUACCACCCGCGCUGCAGCCGACCGUCGCAGUCGCAGUCUGACGCGCCUUGCUUUGUCACCAUUGACUUUGGAUCGAUGCCUCAACGCGUUGGGCAAGUGGAUAUGACGUUGUCUGCGCAAUACGUCGAAGUCUUCGCAGGCCAUCGCACUCUUCAUGGCGACCUGCGCUUUGCGUACGCGGAACCCGCCUUCGCCAUGCCCGACCUCGGCGUUCCCGGCCGCUUUACCCUCGACUAUGCAUGUCCAGACGCCGAGCCGUUCGAUGCGAUCGCCGCGAUUCGCUCAAGUUUGCGGAAGUGGACGAUGUGUUUUCGUUCGAUUCUCUCUGUUUAA